AUGAGCAACAGCGAAAAGGAGAAGGAAGCUCUCUCGUUAGAGAAAGAGGGGAAGAAAUAUUCCUCCAAGAGUUUAUUGAAUUUUUUUAAGCCUGAUUAUGAUUCGGCGGCCGUUGCCUUUGAGAAAGCAGGCUUAAUUUACAAGCAAUUAAAACAACCGGCGAAGGCUAUUCAAUGUUUUUCUCAAUGUGGAGAAUGUUUCGGUAAAUGUGGCAUAUAUUACAAAUCGGGAUCAGCGUUUGAGAAUGCAGCCGCUUUAUGUAAAGACCUUAAAGAAUUUGAUAAGGCAACAGAUUUGUACAGUAAAGCAUUUCAAAUGUAUGUUAAUGAUGGGAAAGGAAACAGAGCUGGAGAGGCCCUGGUUAAAGCAGCAAAAGUGAUGGCAGAGUCGGGAGCAUUGACUCAAGCCGUUGAAUUAUACAAAACGGCUCUUGAAUCAAUUUCAACAAGUGGAUAUCAUAACGCGAUGAACACAUUUCGAUCGUUCAAUAGUUUUCUUCUUCAAAAAUCUCUUUAUGAAGAAGCCAUCCAAAACGCGUUUGAAAUGAUGAAAGGUUACAAAGACCUAAAUCAAAAAGAUGGACUUUGUAAAACCUGCACCUCUAUCGUUCUAAUUUGCUUGAUGAUGGAUGACUAUGUAAGGGCAGAUGAAUUUCAUAAGAAAUUUUCAAAUGAGGAGAGUGAUUAUUUGUCGUCACCAGAAUGCGACAUUAGCAUUGAGUUUUUAGAAGCAUUCGAUCGAAUGGAUGAAAAUUUGCUCGAGAAAGCAAAAACCAAUAAUCAAUUGAAAUAUCUUGAAAGAGAGGUUUAUAAAUUGGCAAUGAAAUUGAAAAUAUCUGCCAACAUGAGAGGAAGUGCUGGCGUGUCUCUAAGACCAUCCACCAGAACAAACACAAAGAAAAACAUAUUGCUUGAUGAUGAUGAAAAAGUCGAGUCAGAAGAAGAACAAGAUGGUGAGGAAAUAUCGAAGGAUAUUGACCGACUUAUUGUGAAAGAUCAUUCAGAUGAAGAGAAUGAAGAUCCGUUUGACCCAGAUGAUUUGACCUAA